ACGCCGGAAAUUACGUUCGACGUGUCAGUUACCGCGAGACUAGCGAACGUGAUUCCCGGAGGUCGUGGUUUCACGCGUCGCUGCGAGCGGGGUUAGAAGAUGGCAGCUCCUGACGUGCGACACAAUCAUACGAUUUACAUUAACAACUUGAACGAGAAGAUCAAAAAAGAUGAGCUUAAAAAGUCGCUUUAUGCCAUCUUCUCGCAAUUUGGACAAAUUCUGGACAUCUUGGUGGCACGAAACAUAAAGAUGAAGGGCCAGGCCUUUGUGAUCUUCAAAGAGGUGAACAGCGCCUCCAACGCGCUGCGGUCCAUGCAGGGAUUCCCCUUCUACGACAAACCCAUGCGUAUUCAGUAUGCAAAAAUGGACUCGGAUAUCAUUGCCAAGAUGAAAGGGACGUAUGUGGAGCGCGAUCGCAAAAAGGAGAAGAGAAAGCCCAAAGGAGCAGAUGGAGGAGCGAAGAAAGGUGUACCAGGAGCCAUGGUUGCUGGAGUACCUGCUGCCAUGCCUGGAAUGCCUCCAAUGAGCCAGGCUCCACGCAUGAUGCACAUUCCAGGCCAGCCGCCUUACAUGCCCCCUCCAGGUAUGAUGCCUCCUCCAGGGAUGGCCCCUGGUCAGAUGCCCCCGGGUGGCAUGCCUCCUGGUCAGAUGAUGCCUGGACAAAUGCCUCAGCAGGUUGCAGAAAAUCCACCAAAUCAUAUUCUCUUCCUCACCAACCUGCCAGAAGAAACAAACGAACUCAUGCUCUCCAUGCUUUUCAACCAGUUCCCUGGCUUUAAAGAAGUGCGUCUGGUCCCUGGUCGCCAUGAUAUUGCCUUCGUAGAGUUUGACAAUGAGGUGCAGGCCGGUGCUGCACGAGAUGCACUGCAAGGGUUCAAGAUCACACAAACAAAUGCCAUGAAGAUCUCAUUUGCUAAAAAAUAACACACGUACACAUUAUUUUCUUUUUUCUAAUGAGUGUUUCAGGUUUCUAUGAUCAGUAACAUUUUACUUCUUCUAGGUUUUCAUGUAAGUAUACAUUUUUUUUGCAGUCUUUUUUUUUUUAUUGUUCCACCUUGAAAGAUUAUUUUGAGUUAAUGAUACAUUUUGACCCUUGGAUCAUACUGAUAUUUCACAAAUGUACUUGUCAAUUUUUGGCUUCAUUUAAAAAAAAAAUCUGCAGAUGUUAUUAACUUUGCAUGUUUUUUAUCCUCCAAUUUACUGUCAAAGCAUUGCACCCAGAGUCUGAUAUAUCAGACAUUGUACCUGGAGCUUUUUUUUAUGCGUUUUUGUUUUUUUUAAAUAAAUUGUUUUUGCUAU